UGGAGACGGUUUCACGCGUUACGUUGGUGCGUGUUUUUCAUUUUAAAUAAAGUGUUAAGCGUUUUUUAUGCAUAAUAAUUAAAGAAAAUAAAUGAAAAUCUUUUAUGUUUUUAAUUGUGUUUAAAACGAGUGCGCUUGCAGAGCCAACUGACGUUUUUCACGCGCGUGACGUGAAUCUGAGUGAAUAAUUUCGAAGCCUUUGCUGAAUUGUUGCUGAGCGCAACUCGACUUGAGCGACAAGACAGCAGCGCGGGCUCAGACGGCAGUCAAUUCAAGCUGAGACUUCAAGUAAGCACGCGGCCGUCUGCUGCCUGGAACGGAAGUACUUGGGGCGUAUUAAGUGAAGUACAGCUCGUAGUGCCAUAGAUUAUCCCAGCGGACGCCCAUUUAAUUACUAACUGCAGUGAGAAGGACCAAAGAAACUUUAGCAGCAGUUCAGCUAUAUUUAUAAUCCUGCAGCAAUAUAACGCUGCGUUAUGUCUACGACUGGCUAUAAAAUAGUGCAACGACCUCUUUUUGCAUGCAUGUAUUAGUGCGCAGCAUAGCAGACAGCAGACAGAGACUACAUAAAACGGAAGCGGAAACAUUGCUAGAGUACGAGGAGUUGAAAUACACAGUCGCAGGCGCGGUAAAUGUAGCAGUUCGCGCUGCAAAUGACCAAUCCUCCCAAAGGGAAUUGUACCUUUCACAAACAAAGAAGUGGCGAAGAAAUCUGAUACAUAUUUAGAAAUCUGUACAUAUUUACAAGUAAACAACUUAAACGCUACAGCUGAUGAGGAGACUGUUUUAAAUUUGCCUCAUUGUUUUUGGCUGUAUCGACAAAGAAUCGAUUUUCCACUCAAUACAAAGAAAAAUUCCACCGUCACCAAUACUCCUUCAACCACCGGAGUCAACUCGCACUGAGUGGCUCAUUGAAAGUGUAUCGAAUUAUCGAAUUAAUUGAAUUUUUACACCCGAACGUAUUAUGAGACAUCUAAUAUAUUUAAAAAGGUGAAUGUGCGCCAUUACUUGGUGACCUUUUGCGAGCGUACGUACGUAUAUAAGCAGACGAGGAGAAGCAGCAGUCAACCGCAACUUUUUUUUAACGAAUUUACCUCAAUAAUUCGAUUGAGUACUCAACGGCUUGGCAGCUUGGCAGCAAAGUAGGAAACAAAACGAAUUGCACUCAUCAAACGACAAAUGAGUUUCAUAAUCGAAAGUAGCAACUCGUCAGCAGUGAAAACAGUACCGAGCACAUUGGACGAGGCGGCUUCUGGGGACGAUACCAACGUUGACUUUGGCAAAAGUAGCAGCAAUCAGCAGCCAUCACAGCAGCGUGAGCAACCGCGUCUUCCUCGACCCACACGCACCUCACCGCCACCACCCAAACCACCCAAACCGCUCAAACUGACAAAGUGUCAUAGCAGCGAUCAUCAAUUGCAACAUAUACUCCUCAAUUCACCGAAGUAUCAACCCCACGAACACAAUCAAAUCAAUCACGCGCUUCAACAGCAACAAAGCAGGCCCCAGCAUCAACAUCAACAUAAGCAUCAUCACCAUCAUCAUCACAGCCAUCACAGUUCGCAUCAGCUGCAACUACCGCCAAACCAACUGUCUUCACCGCAACAGCAACAACAACAAGGACAACAAAUUGAUAGCUGCAACUUGAUGCCUUCGCUGGAUUAUGGUGUGUCGCCGCCGCUGCCGCCAAAACCGAAAACUUUACUACACAUCAAACCGCAACAACAACAACAACAGCAAUAUCACUUAUUGCAGCAGCAACAGCUAUUACAGCAGAAAUUGCAAAAGCAACUGCAGCAACAACUACAGCAUGUGCUUAAACCGCAACAGUUGGGCGAGACUGAACAGCUACAACAACAACAUCAUUCCAAUAACGUCCCACAGCAAACACCAAAGCCGCCAAAGCCUCCAUCAUCACCAGAGCCUCCCUCAUCUCCACUUACGCCGAAAUCCCCACUACCAUCGCCUUCCCUGCACGAGUUUCAAUCCACCAAACAGGAUGCGCUGCAAACUCAAACAUUACAAUUCCAUCACUUUCGCCAUCACAAGUCGGCGCCCACAUUCGAUCUCUUCUUCAAAUCGCCCACGAGUUCAUCCUGUGCCACGCCCCUAUCCAAAUCCCGCCGCAAUAGUUCAUACCAUUCCUACGAUGAUCUCGAUGCGACCAGUGCUGAGAAGAAAGUUGUAUCCAGCUUGAAAUAUUUGUGUGCCUGCACUGGCGCCACAUUGCGAAAUCUCUCGAAGAAAACUAAAGACUUGCAUGCGAAAAAUUACUGUCACACGAAGCCCACGUGGCGUCUCUGGGGCGAGGAGCACGAGAAAAAUGCCAUUUUCACUGUCUACCUUAAAAAGGUGCGCUACCAUCGACCAACACCAACGGCGAAUAAUGAUUCGGACGAUGAAAUUAGCCACCUCGAAUGGGAAACGGUGCGAGUGCGCUUCGUGAAGGCGGCCACACUGGCGCGUUUGGUCGAAGCGUUAGCCACAGACGAUGGUGAAUUGGAGUCAACAUUUAUCAAUGUGUUUCUCUCCACAUAUCGCACAUUCUCCACUCCCAAAGAGGUGCUCAAUUUGCUCAUACGACGCUAUGACACACUCAAUGACAAACAUCUGCAAGAGAUCGAAGAGCAUCAACAACUCGAGGAUGUCAGCUACGAUCCGGCGACGUCCAUACACGAGCAACACAAGAAAACUCUAGUCUCAGCGUUGCAUGUGUGGUUGGAUGGGUUUCCGGAGGACUGGAAUGAGGAUAACCUGCGGCAAAUAUUGACUUUUGCGUCGAAACGUCUGCCGCGCUCAGAUUUGCAUGUGAAGGUGCUGCAUCGUUUGGAGCGCAUUCUGCGACAGCAGGUUUAUGGGGAGAAUAGUUUACCACCUUGGUUGGCGAGUGGCGUAGGUGGGAACACGAAUGGCAAUAAUAUGAAUAUGAGCCUGAGCGUGGGUUUGCUGCCACAACACUACAACACGGAGUUUACAGAUCAAUUUGCAGGGCUAUGCUUGGCGCCGGCAUUCCGUGGUCCCACACAUUUCCUGCAGGCAUUUCGCUUUCCGCACGUGCCGGUUCGUCACUUCGCCGAGCAGCUGACGCGCAUGGACUCGGAGUUAUUCAAGCGUUUAAUACCACAUCAGUGCCUUGGUGCGACGUGGGCGCGACGGGACAAAAGCGGCUCGGAAACGGUUGUGGCCACAAUAAAUCAAUUUAAUGCUGUACUCUUUAGGGUUAUUUCUAGUAUAUUAAUUGAGCCAAGACUUAAACCACAGGAACGUGCUUUAAAUAUUGCCACCUGGAUUGAUAUUGCACAAGAAUUGCGUCUGCUGAAGAAUUUCUCUUCGCUAAAGGCGAUCAUUUCGGGCCUGCAAUCGAAUCCUAUUUAUAGACUUUCAAAAAUAUGGGCGGUCCUACCCAAAGAAAAGAUGGAGAUUUUCAAUGAACUUGCCAGAAUAUUUUCGGAGGACAACAACGCUUGGGCGCAGCGUGAGGUACUCAUGCGUGAGGGUACUGCAAAAUUUGCCGACACGGUGGGUGAGCACGAUCGCCAUCUGCAGAAGAUCAUACAGAAACAAAGCACGCAAACGUCGCAUGGCACCAUACCUUACCUGGGCACCUUUCUCACCGAUUUGACAAUGAUACACGCCGCCAUACCGGACACAAUAGGCGAACAUCAGCUCAUCAAUUUCGACAAAAAGCGCAAAGAGUUUGAAGUGCUGGCGCAAAUUAAACUACUACAGGGGGCCGCCAAUACGUACAACCUGCGCGAAGAUCCAAACUUCGAUCGUUGGUUCGCCUCGAUGCUGGUACUGGAUGAGCGAGAGGCACACACGCUUUCCUGCCAACUCGAAUCGCCACCACCUGCGCCACGCAAGUCAACCGCUUCGACCAACACAUCGCUUACGAACACGACGAUCUCAUCGAACUCCAUGGGUGGCGUAGGCGGUAAUGGGCAUCGCAAGACUGACUCAAUAGCGUCGAACUCGAGCAGCGGCGCCGGUUCACAAUUCUAUUGCGAAUUGAACAACAGCUACAGUUCACAUUACAGCUCGCGACACAAUUCGUUAGAUCGGGAUGCACAAGCGCCGAAUGCAUCGCUGUUGUCUGCCUCGAGCAGCGUGUCAAACCUGUCAAUGGACUCAAGUAACUCGGGGGGACAAAAAUCGAAUACGAAAAUGACGCAUUCACAUUCUACAAACGGUGUGCGCGGUAGCACUGGCAGCGGACACAAUAACUCUCAGUUGAACGUAGGCUCACCGAUCAUCAACGCACAGCUGGUGCAAUCGCCCGGCGUAAAAACAAAUAACGCGCCUGACUUUUACAUCAUACGCGUGACCUAUGAGACGGAGAACGUCGAGCUGGAUGGCAUUGUGCUGUAUAAAAGCAUAAUGCUGGGCAACAACGAGCGCACACCGCAAGUCAUACGCAAUGCGAUGAUGAAGCUCGGCCUCGAGGCGGAUCCCGAACAAUACACGUUGGCGCAGGUGCUGCCUGACAAGGAGUUGGUCAUGCCGAAGAAUGCAAAUGUGUACUACGCGGUGAAUACGAACUACAAUUUGAAUUUCAUACUGCGGCCGAAGAAGAAAGAUGGCGGCAGCAAUGGCAGCUAGUGCAGCGGGUGGAAUGCGGAGAAGUUGGAGUUCCGUUUGAUGCUCGUUUUUGUUUCGACCGCUUUGGUGCUUUAGGCGUGUUUGGGAUGGAGCGCACAAGUUUCGCCACAGCUGCUACAAAACUGCAACUACAAAAUUAAUUACAGAUAUAUGCAAGGAGAUAUUUCAUACUCACAAAGAUAAAUUUGCUUUUUGCAAAUGUUAAAAUAAUCUCAAAUUAAGGACAAAUAAUUAAUGUAAAUAAUUGUUGUGUUUUACAGUAGCUUAAUUUUUACUUUAUUUUUAUAUUUUGUUGUAAUACAAUAUAUGCAUAUGUAUUUGUGUAAGUUCGAGAGUAAUUUAAAUUAUGUAUUUAACUUUUUUGUAGAAUUUGAAUCUUAGCUUAUGUCUGAGCGUUUGUAAUGAUAUUUUUUAUAGGUUUGUGAAAAAGUUUAUCUGUUUAUUUAUUUUAUACGUUAAACGCAUAAGCUUCACUGCUUUAAUACUGCUUUAAAGUAAAAAAUCGUAAUUAUAAUAUGAAAAUGGAGAUAAUACAAUAAUAUUGUAAGCAGAGGUGUAUUUUAAGUAAGAUUUCGCUGUAUGACAAUUAUUUAAACUGUAAAAAUAUAUGUAGUAUAUUGGCUGAUAUUCGAGAUGGGUCUCCUCAUCUAGGUGUAUGUAAAGUGUUACAUGAAGAUAUUUUAAAAUGGUUCGAAUAAAUUUUUUAUAAAUACCAA